AAAUUCUUCCUACCAUAUUCUCACAAUUAUCAAAAAUUUCAGGAUAAAUUCUAUGAGAAUUUUUUCUGUGUACAUAUUAAUAUAAUUGAUUCUAUGUAUUAUCACUUCUGUAGAACGUUUAUUAAAAUGUAUGCGUUUUAUAUAUAUUUGUGAAUCUGUUUAUAUAUGUCUUUACUCGAACACAGGUAUUCCCCGAAUGCUCCCACUAUUAUUAUAAUCACAUAUUACGUUUUAUUGGAGAAACCAUAUAUCAUUAUCCAAAGGCAUCACAAGUUUUUUUGUCUAGACGUGUAUCUCUCUAUCCUCAUUUAGGAAAGUACGCAUCAAUAAUUAUAACAUUUGCAUAGAAACAUGUCGUGCGAUACUCGAGGACAGUGUCAUUUCUGCUCCAAGAAACAUAUUGUACCAGAGUUUGGAAGCGACGAAACGACACGCGCUCUUCUACAGAAGUCGAAUUUGAAACUUGAUGUUCUGAACACAGUUUGUUCUUCUUGCAUCACCAAACUCGAAGAUCUCCAGAAGCAACAACAUCUUCCGGACUUGCGUUUCGAGAAAAUUCCCACGAAGGAUCCAGUUCGCAAAGAUUCGCGAAAAAUGGACGAAAACGUUGGAGGGACGAGGAGGAGUCGACAAUUAACGUGCGAUUUCUGUCAGAAGGCCUUCCAUCACACCGGAGACCUCAACAAGCACAGGAGGAAGCACACCGGUGAGCAGCCUUACACAUGUCCCAAGUGUCAGCAGAAGUUCUCGUCUGCGUCUAAUCUUAUCAGGCAUCAACGGACGCAUUCCGGGAUUAAGCCCUUCUCCUGCCAGAUCUGCGGACGCGCCUUCGCUCGAAAGGACAAGCUCUCCCUCCACUUACAGCGUUGCAUCGUUAAGUUUUGAAACCUUUAAUAGAGAUGCGAUGAUAUAAGAUAUAAUAUAAGUCAUAGCGAAAUAAAUGAUAAAUAUAGUAACAUAUAAAUGUAAUAGAAAUAAUCAUUCUUGUAAGAAGAAAAUUAAUCUUUUAGUUCAAAAUCUCUCCUAGAUGUGUAUCGUUAAGCUUUGAGACCUUUAAUAGAGAUGCGAUAACAUAAGAUAUAAGUUACAGUGAAAUAAACAAUAAGUACGGUAAUGCAUAAAUCUAAUAGAAAUAAUCAUUCUUGUAAGGAGAAAAUGAAUCUUUUAGUUAAAAAAAUAUCUCCUAGAUGUGUAUUGUUAAGCUUUGAAACCUUUAAUAGAGAUGUGAUAAUAUGAGAUAGAAUAUAAAUCACGAAAUGAAUGAUAUAAGUAUAGUAACGCAUAAGUCUAAUAGAAAUAAUCAUUCUUGUAAAGAGAAAAUUAAUCCUUUAGUUAAAAAUCUCUCUUAGAUUUUAAAGUCGACAUUUGAGAUGUGGAGAUAUUUGAUUUGUUUGCAUAGGAUGAAUUUAUAAAUCUAUUUACAAAAAUAAUGAUGAAUUUAUUGUGCGAUAGUUUGAACAAUAAUGUAUGGUGAUGCAUAUAUAUAUAAUCACUGUCAUCUUUUAUACACUCUCUUCAACAAAUUGCUUGAAAUAUGAAAUAUAAACUCAAGUAGCAAACUGAU